AAUCCUAAUCCCUUAGGGGACACUUACCACGUGUCAAAUCGUACCUGGCUAAGCCGGAGAAAUGCCCUGAGAACCCCACGCAUCGUCCUCCCUAAAUCCAAGUCCCGUCGAAGCUCCGAAUCUCCAAAAAGCCCAUUUUCUCAAUAUCAUCUUCUCUAGGUUUUCAGAAAUCUCUCUCUCUCUCUCUCUCUGAAUAUCCAGUCUUCGAUCAAGAGAUACAACCACAGCUGGGAUAGAUUGUUUCUGUACGAUGGGAAAGAGUAUUAGAAUACGGUUAUUUAAUGGAUUUUUUACUGAGAUCUGCUGCUGAUAUGGUCAGAGAGAUCUCUUCUCUCUCUUUGUUAGGUGGAGAGAAUUUCUUCUUUGUUUUUUAAAGUUUCUAAUCAGAUGGACGAUCGGAAAAUGGAGCGUUUGGCUGUUUUUCUCGCGGCAUUCGCGGGUCUCUUUGUAGUUCUCUAUGCCAGCGCCGGUGACGCCGAUCCGCAUUACAAGACAUGUGUAGAACAAUGCGAACAGAGUGGAUGCGUCGGAGGUAUCUGUUUUCAACACUGUAGAUUUUCAUCCAACGGUGUUGCUGGCAACAGUCCAUGGUACAUGCAGGAACCCCUUUACCUGCAGUGGAAGCAAUGGGACUGCAGGAAUGACUGCCGCUAUCAUUGCAUGCUAGAAAGAGAAAAAGAAAGAGAAAAACUUGGCCAUGGGCCUGUUAAGUAUCAUGGAAAAUGGCCCUUCAAGCGUGUUUUUGGCAUUCAGGAACCUGUUUCUGUUGCACUCUCUGUGCUAAACCUUGCAAUGCAAUUCCAUGGGUGGCUGUCCUUUUUUGUCCUUUUGUAUUAUAAGUUGCCUCUAAGACCUCAGACCAGGAAGACGUACUAUGAAUACACUGGCUUGUGGCAUAUCUAUGGGCUUCUAUCAAUGAAUUCCUGGUUUUGGAGUGCUGUUUUCCACAGUCGAGAUGUUGAUUUAACAGAGAAGUUAGAUUAUUCAUCAGCUGUGGCUUUGCUCGGCUAUACUCUUAUUGUGGCGAUACUGCGAACUUUUAGUGUGAGGGAUGAAGCUGCCAGAGUCAUGGUUGCUGCCCCGCUUAUAGCAUUUGUGACGACGCAUAUCUUAUAUCUCAACUGCUAUGAACUUGACUAUGGUUUGAACAUGAAAGUGUGUGUUGUCAUGGGCAUUGCUCAGCUUCUCUUGUGGGCAUUCUGGGCUGGUCUAACUCGUCACCCUUCACGCUUCAAGCUAUGGGUAGUUGUCUUGGGAGGCGGACUUGGCAUGCUUCUGGAGGUGUAUGAUUUCCCUCCUUAUGAAGGAUAUAUUGAUGCCCAUGCUUUAUGGCAUGCCACCACGAUACCCCUUACCUAUCUCUGGUGGAGCUUCAUCAAAGAAGACGCCGAGUUUAGGACUUCAACCCUCACCAAGAAGGUCGAGUAGUGGCGUUCAUUUUCCAAUGCACAGAUGGUGGAUUGUAUCAAAUUCAUGCGAUCAUGUUGGCCACUCUGGUGAGGCAUGUGUCCCUUUGUUUAUUAAACUCUUAAUUUUUACUCUUGCAAUGAUCUUGAAAUGCUUUUUUAUGGGCUCUUUUUUCA